GGUUGCUCGCCCUCCGCCUCCGCGCCUCCCUGCCCCAGGCCGGCUGCUACCCCUGCGCCCCUCGCCCUGCCAGGCGGCGUGGGUCAACAUGGGCCAGGAAGAGGAGCUGCUGAGAAUCGCCAAAAAGCUGGAGAAGAUGGUAGCCAGGAAGAACACGACAACCAGGAUUGGAGUCGCCGUUAAUGGGGUCCGGAAGUACUGCUCAGACAAGGAGGUGGUGUCCUUGGCCAAAGUCCUCAUCAAAAAAUGGAAGCGGCUGCUGGACUCCUCUGGAUCCGCCAAAGCGGGAAAAGGAGAGGAAAGAGAAAAAGCCAAGAAGAAAGAAAAAGAACUUGACUCUCCCAAUUGGAAACCAGAGGCAGGCCUUUCUCCACCAAGGAAAAACCAAGGAGAGGAGCCCAAACACAGGAGAGACUCUGUGGAUUCCAAGUCUUCGGCCACCUCCUCCCCUAAAAGACCGUCGAUGGAAAGAUCAAACAGCAGCAAAUCAAAAGCAGAGACCUCCCCCAAAACACCCAGCAGCCCCUCGAGCCCCACCUUUGCCCCCUCCGUCUGCCUCCUGGCAUCCUGCUAUCUCACAGGGGACUCUGUCCGGGACAAGUGUGUGGAGAUGCUCUCAGCGGCCUUGAAGGCAGAUGAUGAUUACAAGGACUACGGGGUCAACUGUGACAAAAUGGCAUCAGAAAUUGAAGAUCAUAUCUACCAGGAGCUCAAGAGCACAGACAUGAAGUACCGGAAUCGUGUGCGCAGCCGGAUUAGCAACCUCAAGGACCCCAGGAACCCUGGCCUGCGGCGGAACGUGCUCAGUGGGGCCAUCUCCACCGGCCUCAUUGCCAAGAUGACAGCAGAGGAAAUGGCCAGCGAUGAGCUGCGGGAGUUGAGGAACGCCAUGACCCAGGAGGCUAUCCGGGAGCACCAGAUGGCCAAAACGGGCGGCACCACCACCGGCCUCUUCCAGUGCAAGAAAUGCAAGAAGAAGAAUUGUACCUAUAACCAGGUGCAGACACGCAGCGCUGAUGAGCCCAUGACUACCUUUGUCUUAUGCAAUGAGUGUGGCAAUCGCUGGAAGUUCUGCUGAUAGAACUGCCAGCCAGGAUGUCAGUGAACAAGCUGAGGAAGAACAAGGAAAAAGCACUAAGCCAUCGUAACUGGAGAAAAAAAAUAAAAAUUAAAAUGAAGAAAAAUGCUGAACUCUGAAUGGGGUACUAGGGAUCAGAGGGAGGAUCCUUUUGCAAGUUCAUCAUCAGUGACUAAUAAUGAUUGGCUAACAGAGGGGCCUAAUUGGGGUACCAUGCUAAGAGUCUGUGCUGACAAACCUCUUGGAGAAGCUCAGACACUCGUGUCCAAUCUUGAACAGUGGGCUGGCAGACCUUUGCUUUGAGUCCCUUCCCUCACAGCCAAACCUCUCAGCCCUUUCUGAAUUGAAAAAUAAAAGACUGAUGCCAAUCUUACCCCAGCCCACCGCAGAGCCACCACACUCACAGGACACUGGGCACACGAUUUGGCGCAGGCAGAUAUGACGUCCACGCCAUGUGGAGAGAUUUCUU